AUGGGUAUCGAAAGUAGUUUAGUAGGCCCAGCCUUAAGAUUUAGAUUAUUAUUGGAUAAAUUUCCAAACAUCACUAACAUUUAUGUUAUCGCUUCCAUUGCAUGUACCGCUGGUUUAAUGUUUGGUUUUGAUAUUUCAUCAAUGUCAGCUUUCAUUGGUACUGAUCAAUAUCAAGAAUUCUUUGAUCAUCCAUCAUCAGAUAUCCAAGGUUUUAUCACUGCUUCUAUGUCAUUAGGUUCAUUCUUUGGUUCUAUUGCUUCAACUUUCAUUUCAGAACCUUUCGGUAGAAGAGCUUCAUUAUUAACUUGUGCUUUCUUCUGGAUGGCUGGUGCUGCUAUUCAAUCAUCUGUUCAAGAUAGAGCUCAAUUAAUUAUCGGUAGAUUAAUUUCUGGUAUUGGUAUUGGUUUCGGUUCAUCUGUUGCUCCAGUUUACGGUUCAGAAUUAUCACCAAGAAAAAUUAGAGGUUUAAUUGGGGGUAUUUUCCAAUUCUCCGUUACCUUAGGUAUUAUGGUAAUGUUCUAUAUUUCAUACGGUUGUUCCAAAAUCAAUGGUCUUGGUUCAUUCAGAGUUGCUUGGGGUAUUCAAAUUAUUCCAGGUUUAAUUUUAUUCAUUGGUACUUUCUUCGUUCCAGAAUCUCCAAGAUGGUUAGCCAAACACGGUUACUGGGAAGAUGCUGAAAAGAUUGUUGCUGAUGUUCAAGCUCAUGGUAACAGAGAAGAUCCAGAUGUCUUGAUUGAAAUUUCUGAAAUUAAAGAACAAAUCUUAGUUGACGAACAUGUCAGAGAUUUCACUUACGCUGAUUUAUUCAAGAAGAAAUAUUUACCAAGAACUAUUACUGCUGUUUCCGCUCAAAUUUGGCAACAAUUAACCGGUAUGAAUGUUAUGAUGUACUACAUUGUUUACGUUUUCAAAAUGGCCGGUUACCAAGGUGAUCAAGUUUUAACUUCUUCUUCAAUUCAAUACGUUUUAAACACUGUUAUUACUAUUCCAGCUUUAUACUUAUUAGAUAAAGUCGGUAGAAGACCAGUUUUAUUAGCCGGUGCCGCUGCUAUGUUUACAUUCCAAUUCGCUGUUGCCGGUUUAUUAGCUACUUAUUCUGAUCCAAUUCCAGUUGAUCAAAGAACUGAUUCUACUGUUACUAUUACCAUCCCAGAUGAACACAAACCUGCUGCUAGAGCUGUUAUUGCUUGUUGUUAUUUAUUCGUCUGUUCAUUCGCUCCAUCUUGGGGUGUUACCAUCUGGUUAUACUGUUCUGAAAUCUGGGGUGAUUCUGCUUCAAGACAAAGAGGUGCUGCUUUAGCUACCGCUGGUAACUGGAUCUUUAACUUUGCCAUUGCUAUGUUUACUCCACCAGCUUUCGAAAACAUUGCCUGGAAAACUUACUGUAUUUACGGUUCAUUCUGUGCCGCUAUGUUUGUUCAUGUUUUCUUCUUCUUCCCAGAAACUAAAGGUAAGAGAUUAGAAGAAAUCGGUCAAAUGUGGGACGAAAAAGUUCCAGCUUGGAGAUCUGCUAGCUGGCAACCAACUGUUCCUAUCUUAUCUGACGCUGAAUUAGCUUCAAAGAUGAAAUACGAACACAAAGAAAAUGAAUCAGAGUUAAUGAAAUCUGAUGAAAAUUCUGUUGAUGAAAAAAACCAACAAACUGUUUAG